AUGAGAGCUCCGGAAAGUGGUGCUCCAAUAAGUGAUUCAACUUCCCGGCGUAUGUCAACCAGUAGUAAUCGCAUAGAUUCCAAAACGAAUGGUCCUAGUAGUGAACCAGGAUCCCAAGGUUCGGGAACGAAGGAGGAAAAGACCAAACUACUACAAGAAAUAGAAUCUAUGAAGAACAGGAAGCUUACAGAACCGAUAGUGAUUAGGGACGAAAAAGCUGGGGGAGAUCCACUAUCGGUCUCGUCUUCACCUACAGCAGAUCAUAGUGCAGCAUAUUCCAAACUCAAAAACAAAUCACAGGUAACACCUUCAUUAUCAUCCUCGGAUGCCAUCCGGCCUCAUCAUGGACCUCAAGACCAGCUAUUCGGGAGGAUGUCAUCGGGAGAGAUCCCUGUGGUGCCUUAUUUUGGAUUAUCAGAUGACGCUUCUUGCCGAAGUUCAUCAUCUCCUUUGUCAAAGGGUAAGAAAACUAGCUCAGGGGUAUCUUCCAUGUUAGAUUCCAAAAAUUACUUUGGUAGCGAGCAAGAGACUGAAUGGAAUGUUAGCGAGGGUCAAGGUCUGACACCAACGACUGGUAUUCAUGGCAAUACUUCGAAAGUUGUUGCAACGCAACAUAGGAGAAGAACUUGGGAUUGGAGUCUUCUGCCUAAAGUUGGGUCAUCGAUCCUAAUACGAACUCAUUCCUUUAAUUUGAUAAGUGUUCCAAUUGAUGGAGAGAUCAAACAGAUUCUUUACACACCAUGCUACAAUAAAAAUUUUAAGCAAAUGAAUAUUUUCUUAUCCUUCAACAUGGAUACAAAACCAAAGGAUGCAUUGGUGCAUUCACGAAAGAGACUAGUCUCCUUUGGGAACUACAUCACACAUUAUCUCAAAUCAAGAAUGUAUGCAUAUCAGUGCUAUCCUUUUUUCCUGCAGGGUUUAUCAGAAGAAGAUAUCAAGAUGCACAACUACGUCUCUUAUAAUGCCUCUCAUGACUAUACAGAGAUAGAGACACUAAUUUCAUUGUGGUUUUUUCAGGCACAAAGAGUUUUUUAUAAUACAAAUUCUGUGUUUUUCUCUGCAGAGGUUAUACAAUCACUCCUUCAGAGGAAAGCCAAUACGCGGCAUCAAUCAGCUGUUCAAAAUACAUUGCUUGUUCAGCAAAGCGACAUGGACUCACCAAAACCAGUUCCAACUGACUUAUUUCAGGAGAUCGAUAUCUUGCUUCUGCGACCCUUGACUGAAGGCCAAAUGGGUUGGCAACUAGCGUACGAUGAGCCCAACUUGAUCGUCGCAGACUAUCCCCUUGAUAUCACUCCAUGGACUACGAACGAAGAAGAUGCAGAUAAAGCAUUUCGGAAAGAGGCAAGCUCUUCUUCUACCUUAAGGAUUGUGACUAAAGAGGAAUCUCUUGAGUUUCUCGAUACCCAUACCGCCUCGCAAUACUUUUUUGAUUGCAUGGAUCGGAAUAUUAGUGAAUUGGGGGACGAAUACAUUCCUUCUAUCAGCCAAAAGACAAGCUCGUCGGAAGAAUUCAAUUUAAAAGAAGCGGCAACCGCUGAUUCCAAGAAGAAGGCCGCUCAUGGAAAGCUUGGCAAGAGAGCAGGGUUAGCUAAUCUCUUUAAGAGGAAGCACACACAUUCAAUCCCACAAAAUUUCAUUCAGGAAACUGCGGAAACCUCAUCGCCAGAAACAAAGGCUGCAGGACGUACUCAAUCCAUUCAAAAUGUAUGGCUUGAAGACUAUUUCAGUAAAUUUUUGGCAAACUAUAGGAAACUGAAAUUACCCACUCAGUUUUUUCUUCCUCAGGAUGCCAGUACAGCGAGAUCUGUAUCGUCGGAUGAUGAAAAGACAGCGGCAAGGAAAGCAUUUCUUUACAACAAAGAGACCAUCCAAAUUGUGCUACCUUUCCCAGAAAAUACUCUACCAUCAAUCUUUGCUCCAAGAAUUUGGUCAAGUUUGUGCUAUACGAAAUGGAAAUCAAUGUUGAGGGAGAUGUAUCGAUGUAUUGUCCCCGGUGGAUUUGCGCUUGCGACUGCUUAUGAUUUGAGGGUAUCAAAUACUUUAACUGCGGCCAAUGAUGAUGGCACGCAAUUUCCCACAAUUUUAGAAAGAGAUAAAACUUAUGAUGCAAUCUCGCUGGGAGCUAUUAAUAACGGUAUUCAUAUAUUUCCAACAAAGCAUUUGGCGCAAGCUUUCAAGGAGGUAGGGUUUACUAACAUAAAAUACUCCUUGUUAAGUCUCAAGGUGGGAGACUUAUCUACUGAGAUGGGAUGUUUGAAUGAACUAUUCUCCCAAAUUAUAUGGGACAGUCUUUUUAGAAGGGAGGUGCCAGACCCAAGCAAACCACCAAAAGAUACAGAUCCCACGACCCUUGUUCAACGUUAUAUUACUGAACAUUUGGAUAAAAUUGAUGAAAACGCUGGGUGUUUGAGAACAAUUUUGAUUGUGGCACAGAAGCCAAGAAAAUUUGCAUCAGAGUAA